AUGUCCUCUAAGAAGCUUCGGACUGACCGCGAGGAGGAAUUCAUUGAGCUUGAAAAUAGAGGGCGAAUCAUAUUUGUUGCCAUAGGUUUGGGUGGAGCCAUUGCCAAAAGGAUAUUGCUUGAUUCUCGCGAAAGUGUCACACAUCAGAUCUGGGAAAAAUGCGACGGGAUUAUCACCCUCCACCCGACUACAUCGUCGUACCGUCUACGGCCAGGCGUUCGUCUCCCGUAUGACAAGAACCUUUUGAAUGAGGCUCAAGUGAUAAACGAUGAAUUCCAAGUCAUCUCGUCUAUGGUCAACACUGCUGAGAUCAGGAAUACUCCUCGUCGUUUAUUUCAAUCACCAGCAGAAUCUUCACAGGAACAUGAAGGGCCCUUUGAGACAAAUACAUAUGAGGCAUUUUCUCAGUCGAGCGACUGGUAUCGCGAACUUCAUGAAAGCGAUGAUUUGUUCAAGUUCAUGAUUGACAAAAUGAUUACCUGGCUACGAUGGGGCCAGAAUAUUUCCGCUGAUCCUCAGUCGAACACGCAAGCGGAAGCCAGGAUUCGGAUACUCAGCAUUGAUGGUGGUGGUGAACAGCAAAUAGCAUCACUGCGGUCCUUGGCCAGAUCGGCUGGCAGGGAUGUGGGCCCAUUGUCUCCCCGAGCGGUUGACGAUCUAAAUGCCUCGCUCUGGCACGGGGUGAUCGCGAACUGUGCUCUCGAGAACCAGGACAACAACCCCACCGGCGGCUGUUCGAUCAUCAACCUCAAGUACUCCGAUGGAGUAUCAACCUACUGUUGCGGGACACCCGUUGCCAACAACGACUCGCAAGUCGUCUGCCCCGACAAUGCCAGCUCCUUCGAAGUUCCGACCGGGCACGCGAUGGUUGGCUACGCGAUGCUGGCCAACGUAUCCACGCUCGAUGCUACCGCGAAAACAACGACUUCCUGCUCGUCGAAUGAGACAUCAACGCUGGUCAAUUCAACAGCAUCGUGUACGAAGGGCGCUUCUUGUCAUGACGCCGCCAUUGGCGCCGGGGUCGGAGUACCGUUAGGGGUGAUUGCGCUGGCGUCGAUUGUAUGGGCAUUGUUUGAGCGAAGGCGCGCAACCGCAAGGCGUGCUGGUCUGUCAGCGCCCAACACCAGCCAGUCGGCACAGAUUUAUACCCAACAGCUACUCGUACCAAGUUCACAGCACUUUGGCGGGCACUUUGGCGGGCCACCCACCGAGCUGGAUGGGUCGAAACGGCCAUCGGAGCUGGAGACCCCUUAG